GAACUGAUUAUCGUGCCGACCCGGAAGUGAUUUACGCCGCUUUUUUUUUUUUUUUUUAAUCACAUCAUCCACACUUCGAGAACGUUUUGGAGCAAAGCUUAACUCCGAGGAUGCCGUCGCUGGAACACUCUCUUGGGACAGACAACGUUGUGGAGAGCGUCUGCAGACUCAAUCCAGAUUUAUUGGCAGAACACUGUCAGCACAUCCUGAGUUAUCUGCAAGGGCAGACAAAAGGAGUUGAUUCCGCAGAAAUUUGCGAUAUAUUUCAGAGAGCUGGAGUCACACUUGGCCACGAAUCUCUACAGAGCAUCAUCAGAUUCCUCACAAUAACCUUCAGGUCUGCUGCGAAGAGCAAACUGUCUGCAGACGACCUCGUGUCAAGACUAGAACAAGGCAGCAAAAAUUGGUCCAAAGCUUCACUUCAGGUGCUUCACAGCUUGUGGAGUCAGCAUGGAGAAUCGGUGCAAGUCCAACAGGCAGCCCAGGACUUGCUCAGCGUUGGUCGGCUUGUGGACAUGCAGUGGAAGUUGGGCAUGGCAGUGAGCUCUGACACCUGCCGCUCUCUCAACUCCCCCUUUGUCACCAUCCUGCUGAAAAUCGCUGAGCCGUCAGGCCAGAUCAGCCGAAAGGCUUUUGAGAUGACCGUCCCGCAGUUUCAAAACUUUCACAAGCAGAUAAAAGAGCUGGCGGCUGUCAUGGAGACUAUAUGAUGGCAUAUGACUACACGUGCCAGUGUUUACUGUUGACUCACAUUUUCACACUAUUGAAUGUUUUGUACUGUUGAGUUGCUUUAUUCACCACAUCAACGCCAUCCAGUAACCUCACAUUUCUGACAUUUCAUAAAAAUCCUCCCAAAAAGGUAAAACAUACAAAAUGACAAAAAUGACUGCUAGUCAGCUCUCACACCAGAAAUGUAAAUUUUUGUGUCCGUCAUUUGUACAGAACAUACCAUUAAUUACCAAAGGUUGUGAGCACUUACUUUUAUUCAGACAAAGUUACAGUAUGUUGAGUCUUUGCGAAUGAUAAAAGCAACCUGAAUGGUAGAUUUGUAGUCUGAAGCGCAAGUGCAUGUUUUACACGGACAGCUCAUGUGUUGAAUGGAAACAAUACGUUUAAAGAGACAAAAGAAAACAUGCUGUCAGUGCUCACAGCUGUGCAGUUUUAACACUGCAUGCAUGAGAAUAUGCAUAAUUUAAUUGGGCUAAUAAAUACACAACGAUCUGUAAUUUGUGCAAAAAAUAAAGUUACUUUAUUUGUUCUAGAAAUAAACCCGUCUUACCUUUU